CCCCGACCAACUCCACUCCCAAACACCAACCACUCCCAGAGAUGCAGCAUCCAAUCGAGUGUCGCGGUAAGCUCAGUCUGUAACAUUGAAACCUCCUGCAUCUCAGGCUGGUCCUGCACUUCGAGUCCCCAACAUCGAAACCGUCACUUCGGAAGCCGUCACUUCGCCCCCGGGAUAAGGGACUUGUUCCCUAUUAUCUGGCAUCUUUUGGUUCCCCAUCCUCUGUCUGAGAGCCGCCAUGGCUUUCUCAUUCAAAUGGAUUACUGGCAACAAGAAGAUCAGGAAGAGGGUAUUCCAGGCUGCAUCCAAGUAUGUCAAAGACGCGGAACCAAUCGUCCAGACAAUUGAGGCUGGACUGAGCGCCUACGCCGGUAAGGGGAUGCUGGGCGAUAUCGCUACUGUGACGAGCAACGUCAGGAGCUUGGUUUCAACGGCCAAAGAGUUCGUCCCUUCAAUGCAGGUGAUGGGGGGGUCAUUGGCCGACUCGGCAAAGAUCUUCGUCCAGUUCAACCUCAUCGCGACGGCCGCCGGGAUCGGUGCGAACGUCGUCAUGACGUACCAGGGAAUCAAGGUCCUUCAGCUCAUAGACGCCCGCCUCAAGGACAUGGCCACCAGCCUUGCCGCCCAGACAGCCCUCAUUGCACAGAAGGACUUUCCACCCUACGUCCACGGCAUGAUCCGAGAAAGAGUCACGCAAACCUCCCUCGACCCCGCCUGCGAUCACUGGUUCUUCGUGUACCAUCCGGACAACGACUGGUAUCCGGGAUUCUACCACCUCUUGGAGAAGGAGCCGAUAGGACCGGGAUUUUGCGGCUACACGAACCAGAUCGACACAGCCUUUGUCUUCAUGCUCGCGGCGAGGCGACACAUCGAAAAGAAGGAACGCCGAGCGCGGGAAGACGGUCGGCCCAUCCGUCCAACCAGGCUGCAUCUCCUGAUCCCGGCGUACCAGCCCAUCUUGAUCCUCGAGGCGCUCAAAAUCCCAGAGGAGAUUGGGGACUUCGUGAUGGAGGGCCGCAUCAACAGCAACACACACUUCGUCUGGCUCAACCUGCCCGAGGACCAGAAAUGCUAUGUUCAGGACAUCGGCCAUUUCGCCCCACCGACCCCGGGAUGGUUCGGCUGGUUCAUGUCGGGGCUUGGGUUGACGGACAAGGCACCCAAGCUGGGCCAACCGAGGGUCUUGGGGACUAGGCAAGGGUCGGCGGAAGGCGGUGAAGGAAAUGCGGACCUCGACGUUGCCGACGCUGAUGGUCAGGAGGGGGAGGGAAGCCGUGGUGACCAGAAACGACAGAAUUCCACGCCUCUUCAACACCGAUACCGACGACGCCGUGGAACGCGCCACGGUGACCACGGUGAGGAAAGGGGGAGGCAUCGACACGGCGAAUCUGCGGGAAACAACCCCCGCCACGGGGGAAAGGAGUCUCAUCGGCCCGCGCGAGACGCCAGUGUGCUGCAGACUCACGCCGGAUAAAGAAAAUAUUGAAGGGGCAGCUGCGGCAAUGAAGACAAGUCGACAAACUAUUCGGUGCGGCGUGUCUGAUGCAUAUAUUGGGGGAACAGGCGUAUAAUGAUGCUGUUUUGGGUAUGGCGUGCCGGCGCUUGUUUUGUUAUUAGAUUGAGAUUUGAAACGGGUUUUGUAGAUAUCCAUCGACUGAUAAAGCUUUUGUUCUAGAAAAGUCUGAAUGUGAGACUUAAGAAGAAGCAUAA